AUGUGGUGGCUCCUGUCACAGCAUCUUGGUUUACGAGGCUGCCAAGAACACUACACAAUGAAUGUGGAGGAUUUCACGCUUAAUAAAGACGACAACAGCAACGAGUUCAUAACAUUCGCAGAAGGCCCCACAAAAACACGGCAAAGAGGAUUACGACUUCAACCAAGGUCUGUACUACCUAAAGUGUUCGCAACUGGCGACUCACGAUGCCCUAUCGCACUUUUUAAGAGUUACCUGGCCAAGAGGCCUGAAGAUUUAAAGUUAUGUGGCCCUUUUACCUGGCGUGCAUUGACAACCCAUACCAAAACAGAUGUCUGGUACAAGAAAAGCCGAAUGGGUAAAAAUGCUAUCAGUAGAAUCAUGGCAACUAUGAAAGAACACUCACCCUUACAGGAGAUGUGUCUAGACAAAAGAUUGUCUAA